UACGUUUGAGGGAACGCCAUGUGUAGAGGAACGUUUGCGUUGAAUGGUUCUUGGACUCGCGUGGAGCCUACCUUUUAUGCAAGUUAUGUUUUUAUUCUCAAAAUCUUUAUUGUAACGUUAAUGUAGCCUACUCUGGAAUAUUUUGUAGUAUUUUAUUUUAACUUGAAUUUGAAGCAGAUUGUCUGGGUCAAUUUGCAGUGUGGACUUUGCACGGACAUAAACGAAGUUGUGUAACGUUAACGUUUCGUUAUUGAAAAAUGUAUUUUUCCAGAGCCUGCGCCCUUUGACGUUACGUUGUAUCCUUUCUGCAGCUGUUGAAUAUAGCCUAUAUUUAAUCCGUAGUCACAAGGCUGGAAUUGGAACAGAAGGCUGGAAGUGCACAGACAAUCUCAAAAAUGCAUGUGGUGGUCCGGCGAUACAGGCCCUCCGACAAGGAUGCUGUGUUAACCCUGUUCUGUGAUGGCAUCUUGGAGCACAUCAACCCUUCGUUCUACAACGCCAUUAGCAACCCUGUCAAUGUGGGUGUCACCCUAUUCCUUUCUAUGGCUGGUUACAUGCUGGGAGGUGGGUCUACUCUCUGGGCCUUGCUGUCGGCUGGAGCCUGGGUAAGUCUGGUCUACUACUGCUGCAGCCAACUGUACGCCAGCUUCGUCAGAGAGAGGCUGCGUACGGACAUGCAGGACAUUCCAGGGUGCUACCUGAGCCACCCCGACAACUGCUUCUGGGUGGCUGAGACUGAGGAAAACGGCUGGGUUGAGAUUUUAGGUAUGGUUGCCGUUGUGGCCAAAAAGGUGGUGGGCGGAAGAGACGGGGAGAUGUGCGGUGAACUAUUCAGGAUGAUUGUAUCGUCGAAGUGUCGUCGGACAGGGCUCGGUUCCAGGAUGACCCAGACAGUUAUCGACUUUUGUAAAGAGCGAGGGUUCUCUAAGGUCGUCCUGGAAACCAGUUCCAUCCAGACUUCUGCAGUGGCCCUGUAUAAGAAACUGGGCUUCUCACACAUCCUGUCACACACCAAGACGUACUCUCCUGAAUGGAUGACAAUUCUAUCCCGAGUCACCAUUCUGAAGAUGGAAAAAGUCAUAUAGGCCUUCCCAUGAUUUUGUAUAGUAAGUGUUAAGUGUUCAUGGCUCUCUUAGUCAAAAAGGUUCCCGACCCCUGUCCUAGAGUGUGCGGCUCUCCUUUAUUUUCAAAUAAUGUAGCCUAUUGAAAUAUCUUAGAAAAAUAUGUAUUUUCCCCAUUCUGUUUCACACUUGUGAGUUGCGACCCCCACAAAACAUUCUCAUGGUGGGGGUUUGGGAAACUACUCUCUCAUUGUCACCACCAACUAAAGAGUUUCCUCCUAAUUGUCUUCCCUAUGACCCAUGGCUCUCCAAACCUGUUCCUGUAGGUUUUCACUCCAACCCCAGUUAUAACUAACCUGAUUAGGGUUUAUCAAUCAGCUAAUUAUUAGAAUCAGGUGCACUAGAUUAGGGUUGGUGUGAAAAUCUACCGAACGUAGGUAGUUCUCCAGGAACAGAAUUGGAGAGCCCUACAUUUAUAUAUAUAUAUAUAUGUGUGUAUAUAUAUAUAUAUAUAUAUACUAUGACCUAUAUAAACUAUAUAUGUGCUAUAUAUACUAUAUGACCAAUAUGUACUAUAUAUACUAUAUGACCAAUAUGUACUAUAUAUACUAUAUGACCAAUGUGUACUAUAUAUACUAAAUGACCAAUAUGUACUAUAAGACCAAUAUGUACUAUAUAUACUAUAUUAUCUAUAUAUAUAAUAUGACAUAUAUGUACUAUACAUAUAUGUAUAUAUACCAUAUGACCAAUAUGUACUAUAUACUGUGCAUUUGGAAAGGAUUCAGACUCCUUCACUUUUUCCACAUUUUGUUACGUUACAGCCUUAUUCUAAAAUGUUUUUUCCUCGUCAAUCUACACAAAAUACCGCAUAAUGACAAAGCAAAAACAGGUUUUUAUAAAUUGUUGAAAUAUUACAUUUUCAUAAGUAUUCAGACCCUUUACUCAGUACUUUGUUGAAGCACCCUUGGCAGCGAUUUCAGCCUUGAGUCUUCUUGGGUAUGAUGCUACAAGCUUGGAAAACCUGUAUUUGGGGAGUUUCUCCCAUUCUUCUCUGCAGAUCCUCUCAAGCUCUGUCAGGUUGGAUGGGGAGCGUCGCUGCACCACUAUUUUCAGGUCUCUCCAGAGAUGUUCGAUCAGGUUCAAGUCCGGGCUCUGUCUGGGCCACUCAAGGACAUUCAGAGACGUGUACCGAAGCCACUCCCGUGUUGUCUUGGCUGUGUGCUUAGGGUCGUUAUCCUGUUGAAAGGUGAACCUUCACCCUAGUCUAAGGUCCUGAACACUGUAACAGGUUUUCAUCAAGGAUCUCUCUGUACUUUGCUCUGUUCAUCUUUCCCUCGAUCCUGACUAGUCUCUCAGUCCCUGCCGCUGAAAAACAUCCCCACAGCAUGGUGCUGCCACCUCCAUGCUUCACCGUAGGGAUGGUGCAAGGUUUCCUCCAGACGUGACGCUUGGCAUUCAGGCCAAAGAGUUCGAUCUUGGUUUCAUCAGACCAGAGAAUCUUGUUUCUCAUGGUCAGAGUCCUUUAGGUGCCUUUUGGCAAACUCAAAGCAGGCUGUCAUGUGCCUUUUACUUAGGAGUGGAUUCUGUCUGGCCACUCUACCAUAAAUGCCUGAUUGGUAGAGUGCUGCAGUCCUUCUGGAAGGUUUUUCCAUCUCGACCGAGGAACUCUGAGUGACCAUCGGGUUCUUGGUCACCUCCUUGACCAAGGCCCUUCUCCCCUGAUUUCUCAGUUUGGCCAGACGACCAGCUCUAGGAAGAGUCUUGGUGGUUCCAAACUUCUUACAUUUAAUAAUGAUGGAGGCCACUGUGUUCUAGGGGACCUUCAAUGCUGCAGAAAUGUUUUGGUACUCUUCCCCAGAUCUGUGCCUCGACACAAUCCUGUCUCAGAGGCCUACGGACAAUUCCUUUGACCUCAUGGCUUGGUUUUUGCUCUGACAUGCACUGUCAACUGUGGGACCUUAUAUAGACAGGUGUGUGCCUUUCCAAAUCAUGUCCAUUCAGUUGAAUUUACCACAAGUGGACUACAAUCAAGUUGUAGAAACAUCGUCUGAAGGAUGAUCAGUGGAAACAGGAUACACCUGAGUUCUAUUUUGAGUCUCAUAGCAAACGGUCUGAAUACCUACGUAAAUAAGGUAUUUCUGUAUUUUAGUUUUAAUAUAUUUGCAAACAUUUCUAAAAACCUGUUUUCACUUUGUCAUUAUGGGGUAUUGUGUAUAGAUUGAUGAGGAACGGAGCAAAGUACAGAGAGAUCCUUGAUGAAAACCUGUUACAGAGUGUUCAGGACCUUAGACUAAGGUGAAGGUUCACCUUUCAACAGGACAACGACCCUAAGCACACAGCAAAGAGAAACACGGGAGUGGCUUCAGGACAAGUCUCUGAAUGUCAUUAAAUGUCCUCAUCUAAAAUGGCAGAGCUUGAGAGGAUCUGCAGAGAAGAAUGGGAGAAACUCCCCAAAUAUACCUGUGCCAAGCUUGUAGCGUCAUACCCAAGAAGACUCAAGGCUGUAAUCUCUGCCAAAGGUGCUUCAACAAAGUACUGAGUAAAUGUUUAAUUUAUUGAUUUUAAAUACAUUUUUAUAAAUUUGCCAACAUUUCUAAAAACCUGUUUAUGUGUAGAUUGAUGAGGGGAAAAAAUGUUUUCAUCCAUUCUAGAACAAGGCUGUAAUGUAACUCAAUGUGGAAAAGGUCAAGGGGUCUGAAUAUUUUUUGAAUGAACCGUUUACUCUUAGAACAGCCUCAAUUCGUCAGGGCAUGGACUCUACAAUGUUUCGAAAGCGUUCCACAGGGAUGCUGACCCAUGUUGACUCCAAUGCUUCCCACAGUUGUGUCAAGUUGGCUGAAUAUCCUUUGGGUGGUGGACCAUUCUUGAUACGGCAGGGUAGCCUAGUGGCUAGAGCGUUGGGCUAGAAACCGAAAGGUUGCAAGUUCAAGUCCCCGAGCUGACAAGGUACAAACCUGUCAUUCUGCCCCUGAACAAGGCAGUUAACCCACUGUUCCUCGGCUGUCAUUGAAAAUAAGAAUUUGUUCCUAACUGACUUGCCUAGUUAAGUAAAAGGUAAAAUUAAAUAGAAAAAAACUCAGUCCUGAGUUUGAAUAACGCAUCAGCGUUGCAGUUCUUGACACAGUUAAACCGGUGUACCUGGCACCUUCUACCAUACAAACACGCUUACAUUUUCUGUCUUGCCCAUUCACCCUCUGAAUGGCUCACAUACUGUACACAAUCCAUGCCUCAAUGAUCUCAAGGUGUCACUCCCUGACCUUAGAGAGACUUUUUAUUUCUCUAUUUGGUUAGGUCAGGGUGUGAUUAGGGUGGGCAUUCUAGUUUUUAGUUUUUUAUGUUGGCCUGGUAUGGUUCCCAAUCAGAGGCAGCUGUCUAUCGUUGUCUCUGAUUGGGGAUCAUAUUUAGGCAGCCUUUUUCCCACCUGUUGUUUGUGGGAUCUUGUUUUUGUGUAGUGCCUGAUUACACUGCAAUUACUUCACGGUUCGUUUGUUUUCUGUAUUUGUUUUGGUGAGUUUCAUUUGAUUUAAACAUGUUGAACUCUACGCACUCUGCGCCUUGGUCCAAUCAUUCUAACGAUCGUGACACAAGGCUUAAAAAUCCUCCUUAAUUCCUGCAGUCAAAUGACCUAGUGACUCAUGGGUGGAAUGUUAUUCAAAUUUUUCAUAAUUUCAUAAUAAACAUUAUUUGAAGUGUU